AAACCCUAGUGCAAACCUAUCUUAGUGCAUUCCUGUCCUUGCUCGCUGCCGACUGAUCCGCAGUGGGUUACACUUCGUGUGUCUGUUUCCCUGAAGCUCAGCGCGAGACCCGCGUGUCAAUCAGCAGAAUUAGCGAGCCGCAUCGCGCAGGCGUGAUCCAGUCUGAGCCGCGCGAGUUCCAGGCCAGUCGCUUCCGUCUCUUCAGCUCUACCUCUCCCGCUGGACAUGCCCCCCGGCCCCCGGCGACCCUCCGCGCCUCUGCCGCACCUGUCCGGCGCGUGAAUGGCCCCCCCGCCAUGGACGAAAUGCCGUUCCAGAAAGUCAAGACCCGGCGCAGGAGGAGCCACUGCCCGCCCGGGGUCAUCGCGUGCGAGGACGAGUUCGACUGCAAGGAGCUCGAGUCGCUCUUCCACAACUACAACCUGAAGCUCGACCAGACCUGCACGCUGAAGGCGCUGUCCGUGCUCAUCCUGCUGUCGUCCAGCCUCAGCCUGCUGGAGCUGCUGCUGUCCGGCGCCAGCCUCACCAUCGCCAAGGGCUCGUACCCGGUGCACUUCGUCAUCUUCAUCUCGCUCUUCAUCGUCACCAACGUCAAGUACCUGCAGGUGAGCCAGCUGCAGCAGAUCGCGCACUUGAGCCUGCUCUUCUGCUUCAGCUUCUCGGUGCUGUGCUGCCCGUUCCCGCACGUGUCGGGCGCCGCGGGUCCGGAGCAGGGCGUGUGGCAGCUGCUGCUGCUGACGUUCGUGGCGUACGCGCUGCUGCCGGUGCGGACGCUGCUGGCGGUGCUGUUCGGGCUGCUGGUGUCCCUGUCGCACACCAUCGUCACGGCGGCGUCGGUGACGGCGAAGACGCAGCGGCUGUGGAGAGCGCUGGUUGCGAACACGCUGCUCUUCACCAGUGUGAAUCUGUCGGGUCUGUUUGUGCGGAUGCUGACGGAGAGAGCUCAGCGCAGAGCCUUCCUUCAGGCCCGAAACUGCAUCGAGGAGAGACUGCGCAUGGAGGACGAGAACGAGAAACAGGAGCGUCUGCUGAUGAGUCUGCUGCCCAGAAACGUGGCCAUGGAGAUGAAGGAGGACUUCCUGAAACCCCCAGAGAGGAUCUUCCACAAGAUCUACAUCCAGCGGCACGAUAACGUCAGUAUUCUGUUUGCGGAUAUCGUGGGCUUCACGAGUCUGGCGUCGCAGUGCACGGCGCAGGAGCUCGUUAAACUCCUCAACGAGCUCUUCGGCAAGUUUGACGAACUCGCCACGGAGAAUCACUGCCGGCGGAUCAAGAUUCUGGGCGACUGCUACUACUGUGUGUCUGGCCUGACGCAGCCCAAGACGGAUCACGCUCACUGCUGCGUGGAGAUGGGUCUGGACAUGAUCGACACCAUCACAUCGGUGGCUGAAGCUACAGAGGUGGAUCUGAACAUGCGUGUGGGUCUGCACACGGGACGGGUGCUCUGUGGCGUGUUGGGCCUCAGAAAGUGGCAGUAUGACGUGUGGUCCAAUGAUGUGACGCUGGCCAACGUGAUGGAGGCUGGAGGACUGCCGGGGAAGGUGCACAUCACUCGCGCCACGCUGGACUGUCUGAAUGGAGAUUACGAGGUGGAGCCGGGAAACGGCCGCGAGAGACACUCGUUCCUGCUCAAACACGACAUCGAGACCUUCUUCAUAGUGCCAUCUCACCGCAGGAAGAUUUUUCCUGGUCUGAUCCUGUCAGACAUCAAACCUGCCAAAAAGAUGAAGUUUAAGACGGUGUGUUACUUGCUGGUGCAGCUCAUGCACUGCCGCAAGAUGUUCAAGGCCGAGAUUCCCUUCUCCAGCGUCAUGAGCUGUGAGGACGGGGACAAGAGGAGGGUGCUGCGCUCCGCGCCGGAGAAGCUCAGGAACCGUUCCUCCACAGCGGCUAACGCGGCUCCGAGCAGCCCGGGGACACGGGUCAACCGCUACAUCAGCCGUCUGAUCGAGGCCCGGCAGACGGAGUCCGACACGGCCGACCUGCACUACCUCACGCUCACCUUCAGAGACUCGGAGCGAGAGCGCAGGUAUCAUCAGCUGAAUGACGAGUACUUCACCGGCGCUGUGCUUCUGUCUCUCGUCCUCACGGCUCUGAUCGGCAUCCUCUACCUGCUCAUCAUGCCACUGGGGACGGUCGUGUUGGUGUUGCUGGUCUUCUGCAUCUGUUUUCUGGUUGUGUGUAUCGUAUAUCUGCACAUCACUAGAGUUCAGUGUAUUCCAGGGUGCCUCAGCAUACAGAUCCGGACCGUCCUGAGUGUGUUCAUAGUGCUCUUAAUAUACGCCAUGGCCCAGGCCUGUGUGGUGGGCUGCAUGCCGUGGCUCUGGCCGACUAACUCCACGCGCUCCAUCGUGAUCAUCGACGUGUCCGCAGGGCUGAACCGCACCAUGGCGGAGCUGCCGUGUGAAGGAGCGCAGUACGCCUUUCUGUGCUGCAUGCUGGGGACGCUGACCGUGGCGCUGUUCCUGCGAGUGUCCUGGCUGUCUAAACUCCUGCUGCUGCUGCUGCUGCUGGUGCUGUACAUCACUAGACUGCGUGCGCGUGUGCGUGUUCAGGCAGAGGAGGAGAGAGACGGCAUGGAGAAAGUCAAACUGGACAAUAAGAGAAUCCUCUUCAACCUGUUGCCGGUUCAUGUGGCUCAACACUUCCUGCUGUCUAACCCCAGAAACAUGGAUCUGUAUUACCAGUCCUACGCUCAGGUCGGGGUGCUGUUCGCUUCCAUUCCCAACUUUAAUGACUUCUACAUCGAGCUGGACGGAAACAACAUGGGUGUCGAGUGUCUGCGGCUGCUCAACGAGAUCAUCGCCGACUUCGACGAGCUGAUGGAUAACGAGUGUUAUAAAGACAUUGAGAAGAUCAAGACCAUCGGCAGCACGUACAUGGCAGCGGUGGGUUUGGUGCCCACCAUCGGAACCAAGGCAAAGAAAUCCCCUGCUGAGCACCUGAGCACCAUCGCAGACUUCGCCAUCGAGAUGUUUGACGUUCUCGAUGAAAUCAACUAUCAGUCAUAUAAUGAUUUUGUCUUGAGAGUGGGUAUUAAUGUGGGUCCGGUGGUGGCCGGGGUCAUCGGGGCCCGCCGGCCGCAGUAUGAUAUCUGGGGAAACACGGUGAACGUGGCCAGCCGCAUGGACAGCACCGGAGUGCCUGGGAAGAUACAGGUGACGGAGGAAGCGUACCGUCUGCUUCAGAGCGACUAUGAUCUGGUGUGUCGUGGCAAUGUCAGCGUGAAGGGCAAAGGUCAGAUGCUCACAUAUUUCCUGGAGGGUAAAGCGCAGGACGCGGGGAACCGAGCACCGCAUCACACCGGCGGCCUGGAGCGCAGGGUUCACGCCAUCGCCCGCUCCAGCAGCACCUCGUCUGUGGCCUCGGGAUUCGUGAGCAGCAGCUCUCCUGGGACACGCGGACACAGCGCCGCUCAUGUGCCUACGGUCGGAGAAGAGCAGGAGGGCAAAGAGGGAGAGAUGUAGGACCGGUCGCACACGACACACACACUUCUUUACCAUUAAAGACACAGAAGAGGAUAACGUCUGCAGGUGGAAAGAAUGAACCGUCUUCCCUUUAUUCACCUUCUCAAAACACGUGAACGGAUCUUCACUGCACGCUCUUUUAAAGACCGUCUUCUUUGGUCACUUUUAUCAGUUCUUCUGGAUAAAUUCAGGUACUGUCCUGCAUUUCUUUCCCAGUCGAAUCAUGGAAUUUGGGCUUGGGAAUGCCAUUCCACGCUGAUUCUGUCGCGCUGCAGGAGCGUUCAGAGCCUCGCAUGAUCUUCAGCAAUGUGUCAUCUCUCAAGUUUUAUGCCAACUUCUUAUAUGAGCUGUACAUAGUAGAUGUUCUUACGAUCAGAGUUUGUGUAUUUUUUGUAUUGAACUCUCCAGUGCAUUUGAAUGAGUGUGAUAGCGUGUGAAUGAGAUGCAUUUAUAACUCAUAGAGCAGCAAUAGAAGCAGGACAUGCUCUGCAUCAGUGCACUAGAUUGUGAUUUCGUAUUCAUUCACUCUCACACACUCUUCAUCUUCAUCACGUGACAGAGCGAGACUGGAGAAAUCAAAGAGCUCUAUCUUGAUGACACAUUUACACCUGUACUCUGAUUUCAGAAAAUAAUAAUAAUAUUAUAAAUAUAUAAGUAUAAACUGUUUCAAAGCAGCAUGUGUAUAUAGAACAAGAGAAAUCAGGGAGUUUGAUAACAGCCUAAAGAAAGCUUCUUCAUCAUCAUCAUCAUCAUCAUCCUCGGCUGCAGUCACUCUGACAGACUGUUCUGAAACUAUAAACAAAAAUCUGACAUCUAUAUUCAUGCAUACUGUGGAGUCCAAACAUCUGACACUGCAUUCAGUUUCACAUUUUUGACUUUUAUUUGAAUUUUUUAUUACAAAUAUCUUUUUCAUACCUUAACGGGAAUGUUAACAUAACGCUCGUAGAACUUAUUUUUGUCAGCUGGCUAUUCAUUAAAUGUUGUAACUUUAUUUAAAUGAUUUAAAGGAUGUUUUGAAUCUCAGAUUGAUUGUCAGUGUGGUGUCAGGUGUGUGUAUGUAGUGAUAAAGUGUGUGAUUAGCAGGGACAAACCUCCACAGGCUGAACAUGUGCCAAUUAUAUCGAAUCUCAAUCUGAAGUGCAAUGAUCGGACACGAUUCUGUCAUCAGCAUUCACUGUAAUAAUAUCAGCAUCACAUUCACAUGCAGAUGAAACGUGACUGAAACUAUCAAAUACUAUGCUUUAUGCUGUUAGAGAGCUAUGUGCAGACUCAUGAUGAGACUGUUACCUGAGUGAGGCGGAUGGCUUGAUGUUAACGAGGUCAGUUAUGUGUAGUCUAUGUGGGCACAAGAGUACAGUGACCAUCUACUGACACGGAGGUCAACAACCCGCCCAUGAGGAACGCUGCGUCACACACACACACACACACACACACACAGAUCUCUGUAGACUGGUGUGUGUUUACAAGCACAAAACUCUGAGACUGUUUGUGAGGAGAAACAAUGACUCUUUCUAUAUUUCUAUGGCAAAUGUUUAUUUUCAUGCUGAUGUUUUGAAUCAUGACGCUUUUCUUCAGGGUAUGAAUCGAUCUCUCAGUCGCUCUCUUGUACUGUCAAUACAGUAUUCUUGCCUUAUUUGACACGCUUGCGGUGAUUGAAGUCAGUUGCCUUUUAGCUCUUUGAUAUUCAGAAGUGUAUUUUGUAAAUACAACGAUGUAUGAUAUACUGUCCUUUGAACAGUGCAAACCUGAGCAAUAUAAGAUUUUGUAAUAAAGCGAGUAUUGAAGUACAACGGUUUAGUGAUUUCCUGUUUGUGUGACACUUAAGGCAUAAAUGUGUCGUUCCUGUUUGUGUUCCGUGUGUACUUGUUUUGUAGUCUUUUAGUUUGUAGUUUUGCUUUGUUCCCUGGAUUGUUUGCUGGUGCAUCUAGUCAGUCCUCUUAACCCCAUGUUUAUAAGCCCUAUGAUUCCUGUGUUUAUCGUCUGGUCUUGUCUUUCUAUGGCUGCUUGUUGAGUUUGAUCAGUUCUGUUUUUUAUGUUUCCUAGUUCCUGUGUGUUGUAUCUGAUGAUGAUGAUAUUUAUUGUUGAAAUUUAUGUCUGCAUUUGGAUCCUCUCUUGUUGUCUGCAUUCACCCCAGCAUUACAAGACCAAACCCCUUUACACACUUCUGCUGUCAUAUUAAUUAAUUCUCAAUGACUUAAUGUCAUAUUAAUGACAGCGAUGCUGACUCGAGUCACUGGAUUCCAUCUCUCCACAUUCAUAAUGAGAACAUGAUCACACUAAAUCAGUGGUUCUUAGGUUCUCCUGCUCUUGCGGAUCUCACACAUUUUUAUGUCUCCCUUAUUUGAGAGGCUCAGUUCAGCUCAUGGAUCUCUCUCCUAACGAGCUGAUGAUCUGAAUCAGGUGUGUCAAAUAAGGGAGA